UAUUGUUUCCCUUCAACGUGACUUUACCGAAAGAGCUAAGAAUAAUUAUUUUGGCUGCUACUCGACAUUACCACGCGAUGAGACCCCACUUGGUUAAGCCUUCAUUUGUGACUGCCAGGUCGCUUCUGGGAAACAGAGAACUCCCUAGCCCUCACGUGGGUCACGAUACAAUUAGUAAAACAUUAUAGCAGUGGAGUGACCUAUGGCUGACGAUGAUUCUUAUUCAUUUGGACCUGUCCGUCCUUACAGCCAGCAAGUUUGUUUUAUUACAGUGCAGUACAAUACUUGCACUACAGUAUACCACUGUACCACGAUAUAAUACUGUCCUACAGUAUGCUACUGUACAACACUGUACCACAGUAUACUGUACAAGUGUUAUACUGUACUACAGUAUAGUACGGUCGGCGUUUGUGCCGGCGUGACGUCAUCACGCACGAGCCCAGCGGUGACGGCGGUGACGUCAUCGCGCAAGCCGUGCGCGGUGACGUCACGACCACGCACGCGCACUUUUGGCCGCGCGCCAGGCAGGAAUCCAGCCAGGAAACAUUUUUGGUUUUUCUUCCGAUAUGCUAUUAAGUACGACGGACUGUAACGCCUUGGUCAAUCCACCGCUGGACGAAGGCCACAAAAGGCUAAUUCACUGCAAACCAUCAGACUAAAGGACUCUAUACAGCGGUGGAUUGACCACGGCUGAUGAUUGUUACACAAUCUACCUCCCCCCUCACCCCUUUGUCAGCCCACUGCUGAAGGCCUCAAAAGACAUUCACGAAAACCUGAGGCCUCCCAUCCAGCAGUGGAUUGACCACGGCUGAUGUUGAGUGUCGUGAAGGGGGUCGGCGUGGCUCGUCAGCUGUUCUCGUCCGGGGCCCCCUCCCCUCCUCCAUUAACGAUUUACGAAGACCAAUCGCCCUCGGGGCACUUUUAACGCGGCGCGUUGUUCUCGUGUCCCGUCGCGAGUGUGCCCCCAGGGCGUUUGUGAACCCCACCUCGUGUCAGGUGUUUACAACGCAGCGAGCGGGCAAGCCGAGACGUUGGCCAAUCACGUGGCAGCAUUAUAAUAAAAAUACGAUAAAAUUACGUUCUUUACUUAAAUCAUCUAUUAUUUGUUUCACAUUGAUAUACAUUUCAUUACAGACGCAGUGCUGUUGGUGAACGCCGGCGUGAGAUUGGUUUUCGCUGCAUAAUUUGAGUCAAUUCUUCACAUUGACCUGGAGAACCAUGGGCAAGAGACGCUGCCUUGCAGAACCAGACGCUAACAUGGCGGCGGGUUGCUGCGGGGUCAAAAAGCAGCGCUUGGCCGCCGCGGCUGCCGCCGCCACCUCCUCCUCCACCACCACCUCCUCCUCGUCCACCUCGUCCACAUCCGCUACCGCCUCCUCUACCACAUCAUCAUCAUCGACCUCGUCAUCCUCGGCGGCGGCUGCUGCAGCGGCGGCGGCGGCAGCGUCGUCAGGCGGAGCCGGCUCACACAAUGGCCACGUGGACGGGCUAGACAGAGGAGGUGGAAGUGGAGGAGGAGGCGGCUUAAGUGUUGGUUUGGGGGGAGGAGGAGGUGGUGGUGGUGGACGAGGAGGCCGGGAGGCGAUGGCUGGGACCGGCUCGAGAACGAUGAUGGUGAACGGAGCGGCGGGUGGGCAACGCGGAGCGGCGGCGGUGGCGUCUCCUGAGAUGUGCUGCUUCUGUUUCGACGUUUUGAGCGCGCACCUCCACGGAUUCCAGCCGCCCAGGAACCCGCGGUUCACCAACGACCCCUACCCGCUGUUUGUGACGUGGAAGAUCGGACGAGACAAACGCCUGCGUGGUUGCAUCGGCACUUUCUCAGCCAUGAAUCUGCACUCAGGACUCAGGGAAUACACCCUAACCAGUGCCCUUAAGGACAGUCGCUUUCCAGCCAUGACGCGGGAGGAGCUUCCGCGGCUGUUCUGCUCCGUGUCGCUUCUCACCAACUUUGAGGAAGCGGAUGACUACCUCGACUGGGAGGUGGGCGUGCACGGCAUCCGGAUAGAGUUCUGCAACGAGAAGGGCGUCAAGCGAACGGCCACCUACCUGCCCGAGGUGGCCAAGGAGCAAGGAUGGGACCAGAUUCAGACGAUUGAUUCGCUGCUACGUAAGGGUGGCUACAAGGCACCCAUUUCUACUGACUUCAGGAAGACCAUCAAACUGACCAGAUACCGCAGUGAGAAGGUAACGGUGAGCUACUCGGACUACCUGUCCUCGCGACACCAGACCGUGCACAACGGCGUCACCUACCCAGCCGGCCCCCACUACGCGCACUACUCCUGACGGCGCGCCCCCCGCGGGCCCCCGCCCCCGCCGCCGCUAGGCCGACCUCGCACCAUCCGGGACCAAGUGGCCCCCCGCGGGGGGGGCUCCGCGCGACGCGAGGGCGAGCCCCCCCGGCUGCCCCCCGCGGAACACUCGUGAGGGCGUUCGCGUCCGGAAGGCGGUCGCGCCGGUGGUCCGGUGCGCUCGCCACGGCUCCCACCCCUCCCUCCCUCCCCCCUCCCCCAUUACAACCCCUGACCUCGUGGUCAAGCCCAGUUAUGUUUUAAAAGCUUUGGCGGUUGUUUGCUCGCGCCAGCAUGACCUGGAAAGCGGGGGUUAUUACUUUUUUAUGUUAUUAUUAUUAUGGUUCUUUUAAAUGAAAUGGCUUUUAUGUUACUCCAGAGUAGGCAAGUAACGAUUUGGUGGGUUCUCGCAGUUUGGCAUCGCUUAUCUGAUUGAGCAAUCGUUUUUUUUUUCUUCCAACUAACAAUAGCAGUGAUCUAUCCACUGCUUUAUUUGUACUGCAUCUACUGUCCCACCUGUCCCGCUGCCUUGCACGCACACUCUUUUGCUCGCAACGUCCAUCUCAUUUGUACCGUCUGCCUUGCUUUUUUUUUAUCAUCUUUGUACUCUCUCGUUCGCCGCGUUGGCCUAAACGUGACGUCGCCGUACAAUUUCCGCGCAACGAUUUUUCGCAAAUCACAAAAGCGAGUGGACUUCUCCCCGCCGCUUGCACGGUUUCCAUUCGUGCAUCGUGAGCGUAGCGUGUAAGAGAAAAAACUAAAAAAUCUUACUUCAACCGACGAACUGACGCAUCGUCGUUACGUGCCUACUCGGAAGCCCUCGCUUGGCCCGAACGGGGGGGGGGGGUGGUGGCUGUGAAGAGGGGCGGCGCGGUCGGCGACACAACAAUGGCCGCUGUUUAAACAGAUAAUCCCUCGCGGGAUCCGUACUGCGUUCGGGCUACGUGCCGGCGAUUGUAAGCCAACCUCUACGCGUCCGUUCCCCCCCCACCCCCCCCCCCCCCCCCCGGAUUCCCGUUACGCUUGGAGUUACCUUCGCUCGGCCGAUCUCCCAUCGCCUCUGCCGCUGGAAUUUGCACUACGAGACGAGAGUCGUCCCCUUCUAUACUCGUCGCUUUGCCAUGUGACCGCUCAAUGAUGAACAUAAUAUUUAAGGGUAAUCGUUGCUGCAAGUUGUCGCUGGCAAUAGUUGCCGCGAUUUUCAGUUUCCGAAAUGCAAAUUAUUCUGCUCGCUGUGAAUCCCCCCCUUGUGUGCAUUUGGGACGCAUCGUCCAGUUGGACAGCAGACAGAAGUCACAUGACUAACCCCGAGGUUUUGUGUGCUCUGUAGACCAUUGUUCAUGAAAAACACACUUUUAAGAAAAGUUUUUCUUUGGCCAGAGGGAAUUCUGUCACUGCGUCCAUAGCCCAUGACCAAAUCGCCCGCAAUGCACCCGUCAGAUUUUUUAAGCCUGCAUGGUACAUUGAUGAGUGAUCACCACGCACAAAGAGGUUGUCAUGGGGUUGCUGGCGGAGCUAAUGUGGUGGGCAGCAGAGGGCAGUGCAGAAAAAUACGUUGUACUGUACUUCUAUGCUCCCUACUUUCACCAAAUCUCACAGUGACCAGUGCGAUGAAGUGUUGUCAGAUAACCCACACAAGCUGUGUGGAGAGCCCCCUCAUCCAACAGUGGCUGGACAAACGGGGUUGGCACACGUCACCGGUACUUGUGAGGGGGGCCCUGUCAAUUGGCCAUAGUUGCUCAUGGUAAAUGUGUUUUGCCGGCGACAGUUGCCGGCAGCGAUUGUCUCAAAAUUACCAUCGUGCAUCCUUGACCUUUUCCAGACGUACGGCAUCGAUCGCGCCGACCUUUUAACCUUAGACAAGCAUUACACAUUCUAGCUUCACCUUUUUUGUAAAAUCUGCAGCAGUAACCAACUUGCAAAGGGGGUGGGUGGGGUAGUGGUGGUGGUGGUGGUGGGGGAGGGCAAGGCUAGUCCAGAUGCCCACUACUCGUCUCUUGAUCGUUCGCUGUGGACGGAAAUUUCACUCGUCGCACUGGGUUCCGAGCGCAGCGUCGCAAACCACUGCACCAUUGCACUCCACCCCAGUGAGGGUGUGUGUGUGUGUGCGCACACAUAUGGCGCGUGUCGAUGUAUAUGCAAUAAGUAUAUACAUAUCACAGCGUGGGGGGUGGCGGUCAUCUCCUGAGCUAGUGGUGACAAUUCCACAGUCCUAUGGCAGGGAACAAGUCUAUUCAUGGGAUGACCAAAAUGCACGUGAAAAUCAAAAUACACAAAUCAAUCUGAUGCAUAUAUGUCCAUGCCUGACCCUCUGCUCACAACCAUUCAGAACCACCAUCAUAGUGGACAGGCCCCGGGUAAAGUCGGAACCAUUUCCCUUUUCUCCUUUGAGGUGCGAAAUCGAUUUGCCGUCUUUGGGUUUUUUUUUUACCACAUAGCUGAAGAGCAACGACAACUCGUGGUCAAAAGGAAAUCCAGAAAGGUGGAGGAAAGCGACGCACUUUACGAUCAUCAUUGAUACGCACCCAGGGAGGGGGGGGGGGCGACGUUUUACUUGCGUGGUGUUUUGUCUGCGGUGGUGGGGGGCCAAGGGAAUUCCAAGCCAAGCGGUUGAUCUGCAUCACUGCACCGUGGCUGCUGUUAUUGCUGCUGCUGCUGCUGAUAUUGCUGCUGUUACGGUUGAAUCGAAAACUUUCAAGCCGAAAGUUGAACAAUUCCGGAUAAAUCUCUUUUUAUGCCAUUUUUACAUUUUUUUUCUUCUUUGGAAAAAUUAUUGAAGCAAGAAAUCGAGUUGAUGUUAAGGGUUGCGUUCAUGUAACCGAUUUAAACCAUCACGGUGCGAUAAACUUUUUUGUAACUUUUAUUUUUAAAAGAAGAAAAGAGGCUGGUAAAUUUGUGUACCUCUUGUUCAGUGUUAGAGGCAGCCAUGGCGCAGUGAGAAGUGCAGACAUGUCACGGUAAAUCCUCCUCCUGUGUCUCCUCCGUUGGCGGCGGUGGAUUUACUUUCUCUCUCUCUGUGGCUUGAACCAUCCUCUUGCUGUCGUGUUAGUUUCGCCGAAUCGUCGUUUGUGUACUUGUCAUACGUAGGCGGCUCGGUCCAGCGAUUUUUGUUUGAGAUGUUUCCUUCUCCCGUCAUCUCGCUCUCUCUGUCCACUCUGUCCGUCAUUGCGUUUACAUGCUUCGCGGGCCAUGAGACAUCCUGCCCGGCAACGACGUCUGGCCAAUUCGGAUGUCACGACGGCCAGACGACCCAAGCCACGACGUCGGGAGAACACUCCCCAACGUACAAUCACAACGGGUGACAUCGUUCAUCCAAAAUGUUUCUGUCUCCGAUUUCUUUUUACCCCCUUUCCAUCUAGGUUGAGUUUUCUUUAUGCAGCCACUAUAAAUAAUUGUCCGGAAAUAGCAUUUUGAAGAACAAGGCUGCCAGUUUAUGCACAGAUUGUGUUGCAAUUACACGUUUACAACAGGGAUGCGGGAUCUAAACGAUGUGUCUAUUCAAAUCGAUUCACGUGCAUCGGAUCACGCGGGCACGUCAGAAUCCAUGUUGGUUUUGAGAUUCGAAUUUACCCUCUGUAUGCAAAGGGCUCACGCUCGCCACUGCAGCCCACCGGAGGCGCUGCCGUUUAUCGCCACGAUGUAAGAAAAUCUAUUUACGGAAUCUAUUCUCGUGUUUAAAAAAAAAACACUGACCUGAAAUCGUAACGAUUCAUCGCUUAGCCAGAUACCGAGGUGGUGGGGGGGGGGGAUGAAUAGCUCCACUCCUCGUUGACUAAAGGUAACGUCUUUCCCGAGGGACCCCCCCCCCCCCCCCCAAUCAAUCCUCUCCUCUUUGUCCCGGGCCGACGCCUUCUCUGCGCCAACUCUCUCUUUGUAUCUCACGGUCAUCAUCGCCCCUCCUGUUCUCUUGAAUUGACAUCGAGAGAGAGCUGGUCUUUGUUGGUUGCAGCAAUAAGGUGUUCAAUUGCAAAGGCGAAUGCUGCUAAAGAAUAAAAAGGGAAACCAGGGCCUUAAUAACGUGCCAUUUGUAGUCGCGAAGGAACAAUUUCUAUGAAGUGCUGAAUCGCUUAAGAGGCUUUUUUUAAUGUUUGCGUUAACCUUUCCGUUCCGUUGGGUUACGCGUUGAUUUCAUCGGGUUUGAAAGCAAUCGAAGCAAAAAUGAAGCCAACGUUAUCUUUUUGAAUCCACACUGGAGCUUUUCUUGAUUGUAGAUAAUUUCAAUCCAACGGUGUAAUGCACAAAAACGAGCAACACUUGUAAACAGUGGUCAGAACUUAAGUGGCCAGUCAAACAAAAUGGGUACCAAAUAAAAACAAAACAAACGUGAAGUGAAGCCAAUGUACAUCUAUAACGUCUAUGUUUAAAA